AUGCCAAACGCGAUAGACAAUGCCUUCCGGCUUUCGUUGACGUACCCGAACCCCUCUCUAUGCCAAAACAAUAACACAAUAGAGGAUGGAAGACGAAGCGAUGAGCACCCCUUGACAAAGCCAGAAGAAACCGUCGUCGCAAAGAACACCACUGGUCGGCUUAGCCAGGGCGUCCUGGUUACAUGUCUCCUUUCAGGCCUUUUGUUCUCUAGUCUGGAUACUUCGAUUGCUGCUACUUCAUUAGUCGCCAUCUCGCGUGAACUACAAGAUUUCGGAAAUGCACCAUGGAUCGUGCUGGCGUAUCUCUUGACUUAUAUGGGGUUUGCUAUUGUAAUUUCCAAGUUGAGCGACAUAUACGGCCGGAGAAAUAUGCUCGUGCUGUCAAUAAUAUGCCGCGGAUUUCAAGGCAUUGGCGCCUCCGGGCUUUACAGCCUGACACAGAUCGGCUUGGUCGAGGUUGGCCCGUCGCAUAGGCCGAGUUUGAUUGGAGCCAUGAUUGGAGCUACUUUGACUAUCGCGUUUGUAUUAGGACCAAUAAUCGGUGGCGUCAUAGUUCAAUUUUCAGACUGGCGGUGGCUCUUCAAUAUGAAUAUCCCCUUCGGAUUGAUUGCGAUGCUCGCCAUUACAAAUUUCUGGCCACCUGAAAGCGCUGCUAGUAUGUUGUCUUGGAAAGCUUUUACAAAAAUUGAUUUCAUUGGCAGCAUCACACUGCUAUGCAGCUCCGGCCUCCUGGUAUUUGCAAUUCAGCAAGCUGGAUCGCAAACUUAUGCCUGGAAUAGCCCAGAGAUUAUCAUCGCAAUUACAAUCUCGGUGUUAUGUUGGCUGUUAUUCAUUGCGUGGCAGAUUCUAUUGGAAUCUAAGACGUUCAGUGAAAUUGAACCAAUAUUCCCCAUUAGACUGAUGCAGAGGCGAGUAUAUGCCGCCGGGUUGCUCGUUACUGUGCUGACCGGAUUUCCAUAUAUAUCCUUGGCAAUCACUAUCCCAGAGAAACUUCAAAUCGUUGAUCGGCAAUCAGUCCUGAUGGCUAGCGUUCACCUCCUACCCAUGCUUGGGGCAUGUGCAACAGGUUCUUUCCUGGGCGGCGCUAUCUCGAGCAAGAAAAAUAAUACUGCCUAUACUAUUGUUGCAGCGGCGUGCCUUCAGCUUUUUGGUGUGACGCUCAUGUCAAUUAUUCCGUCCACAAUUCGAGCCACGCAGUACGUCUUUCAAAUUGCAUUUGGACUGGGUGUUGGCCUUUGCUUUUCAGCAGCAACUAUCAUGACGAACUUGAUAGCCCCCGAGCAGAGAAUUAGAGCAGCUGCCCAGGGAGCUGUGGCCCAAGCUAGGGUGCUUGGCGGCUGCGUUGGAAUAUCGGUUUGUACCGUGGUAUUCAACGCUCAUGUGAAUGGAUCAUUGCGGUCACAGCUUUCACCGGAACAGCUGGCACAAAUUCACAGGUCGCCAAUUUCAGGCCUACAAUUUCCUACGGACAAGCAAGAAUAUGUGAGGUCCGCUUAUUCUGGUGCAUUUACAGAAGAGACAAGAGUUAUGAUCGUCAAUUGCGCAGUCAUGGUAGCAGCCUCACUCUUCACCCUCGAGAGACAUCCGCCAUCACUGGAAAUUUUGACAUCGUUGCCAAAAAAGCAACAAUCGUCCAACAGAAACGGCGAUUCGACAACAGAGCUUGAUAAAAUUACGAGAAUGCGGCAGACUGCUUAA